CCUAUAAACCCUUUUUCAUAAAUGCAUUUUAGACGAGGGAAGACGUGAAGGAAGAAGAAAUGGAGAUGAGGGCUUACGUAGUUGUUCAGCUAUUGUUCAUUAUCUCCCACGUUGUCGUGGAAUCUCGAAGGUUCGAGAUCACAAAUGGCAGUUCGUACCUGACUCAGAAAGAACUCUGGUUCAAUCAGACGCUCGAUCACUUCUCUCCACUUGACCAUCGUCAAUUUGGGCAGCGCUACUAUGAAUUCCUUGACUACUUUCGGGUUCCUGAUGGACCCAUAUUUUUAAAAAUAUGUGGUGAAUCCUCGUGCAAUGGAAUUCCUAAUGACUAUACCAAUGUUUUAGCAAAGAAGUUUGGUGCUGCUUUGGUUUCUCUUGAGCAUCGUUAUUAUGGGAAGAGUUCCCCUUUUAACUUGUUGACAACAGAAAAUCUAAGAUAUCUUUCUUCAAAGCAAGCUCUUUUUGAUUUGGCUACUUUUCGUCAGUAUUAUCAGGAAUCUUUGAAUUCAAAGCUGAAUCGAUCAAAUGUUGAAAACCCUUGGUUUGUUUUCGGUGUUUCUUACUCUGGAGCACUUAGUGCAUGGUUCCGUUUAAAGUUCCCUCAUCUAACAUGUGGAAGUCUUGCAAGUUCUGCAGUUGUUCUUGCUGUUUACAACUUUACUAAUUUUGACAAACAGAUUGGUGUGUCAGCUGGUGCUGAAUGUAAAGAAGCAUUACAAGAAAUCACGAAACUUGUUGAAGAAAAGCUUGUAUCAGAUGGAAAAACAGUGAAGACCUUGUUUGAUGCAGCUGAGCUUAACAAUGAUGCUGAUUUUCUAUAUUUCCUGGCAGAUGCUGCAGUUGUAGCGUUUCAAUAUGGGAAUCCCGAUUUACUAUGUUCUCCUCUUGUCAAAGCAAGGAAAGAUGGAAAGGAUUUGGUGGAUGAAUAUGCCAACUAUGUGAAAGAUUAUUUCAUUGGAAAAUUCGGAGCUGAUGUUCAAACAUACAAUCAGAAAUACUUGAAGAAUACUGCACUCAGUGAAGGCAGUAGUGAUCGAUUGUGGUGGUUUCAGGUUUGCACUGAGGUUGCUUAUUUCCAGGUAGCACCCUCAAAUGAUAGCAUUCGCUCUUCAAAGGUAGAUGAAAGAUAUCACUUAGAUCUUUGCAAGAAUGUUUUUGGAGAAGGCAUCUUUCCAGAUGUGGACAUGACAAACAUAUACUAUGGAGGCACAGAUAUUGCUGGUUCAAAGAUUAUUUUCACAAAUGGCUCACAGGAUCCCUGGCGACAUGCAUCCAAACAGACACCAUCACCAGAUAGUGAAAUGCCUUCAUACAUAAUUUCAUGUCAUAAUUGUGGCCAUGGAACUGAUCUGAGAGGAUGUCCACAAUCGCCACUAAGUCCUGAAGGUAAUGCCCAAAAUUGUGCCUCUCCUGAUGCAGUGCACAAAGUUAGACAACAGAUAAUAGAUAACAUGGACUUGUGGCUCUCUGAGUGCCAAGACACAGGUAGAACUUUUAUCUGAUUCAUCCAUGGAGGAAUGUGGAAGCUCUGGCUCUUAAACCGACCUUUUCUUACUAGUUAUCAGCAGAUAAAUCCUUAUAAUUCAUCUUCGUAUGUACACUAAUCGUGAUUAUAUUGUAAAUAGAAAUUAUCUUUAUAGAUCCUCUUUUUACUUGUGCUGUGUUUGUUUCUGUAAAAUGGAUGCAAAAUUUCUCCUACUGAAAUAAUUCAGCUAUUAUUUCUGCCCCCCUUUACAGCAUAAAUUUUAGCUUUCCACCCCUUAUUUGUUUUGAUGCAAGUGCAAGGAAAGCAAAGUUUUCUUCGUGAUAGGGGCAAAAUAUAGAUCAAAUAUUUCAGCCUGAAAAAUUUUGUAAUCAUUUUAUGUUGAAACAAACGGAGCCUUGAUCUCUGCUUGGAAUGCCUUUCCCAUCUGAAGCCUUGUGUAAAGGUUCUUGAUGUAGAAAUAACAGAGCCUUCCUCUUGUUCGAAAAAAAGCCUUCCUCUUAUGAUCAAUAAAGCAAGCAUUUCAAUAUUCAA